UCUCCUCUUUCUUUCCCUGCGGGAGCCCCCCUCCAAACCCUCGCCUCCCCCGCAACGCCGCACGCCACCGUCGCCCUCUCCGCUCCCCUCCCCCACUCUCGCCGCCGCCCUCCCCUCCUCCCCCGCGCAGCUCCGGGGCCUCCUCCCCGGUUCCAGUCGGCGCUCCACCCACCCGGGGGGAGCGGGUCUCGCCGUCUCCUCCCCGGUCUCCGGCCCCGGCGGCUGGGGGGACUCGCCGUCCGCCGCCUGCGCGACCGGCGCGGCGCCAUCUCUCUAGCGGCGGCCGCGUAGAUCCGGAGGACGGUUUCGUGGGGGGCGCAAUACUGUUGGUCAGAAAAAUAUUCAGAUUCUCGAACCUUCUGGCUGGUGCUAUAUCAUUUGCGUUUAAUUUAAGUUGAAACCAAAGGUUGCUAAGUUACCAAAUUGGUGUACCAUUUGUCGUGUAGCCAUAGCAUAUCCCAACUCCUGAACAGCUGCCAUCAGCAUAUUUGAAGUGUGAAAAAGAAUGGAUAGGUAAAUCACACUUUGUUGCCACUGGGAUGCUUUUGCAAGAGAUUAGGAGUUUAGAUCUCUAUCUAUUCUAGUUGGAAUGGAUUGCAACAAAGAUGAGGCUAUUAAGGCAAAAGCUUUGGCUGAAAAGAAAAUGCGGGAGAAGGAUUUUGCUGGUGCAAAAAGGAUGAUUAUCAAGGCACAACAUCUCUCCAAAGAUGUUGACAGCAACAUUUCUCAAAUGUUAACUGUUUGUGAUAUUCAUUGUGCUUCUGCAACAAAGGUUAAUGGAGAAAUUGAUUGGUAUGGGAUACUUCAAGUACCUGUCACAGCUGAUGACGCACUAAUAAAGAAGCAAUAUCGUAAGCUUGCUCUUUUGCUACAUCCAGACAAGAACAAUUUUGCAGGUGCAGAGGCAGCAUUUAAAUUAGUGGGAGAAGCAAACAUGACGCUUACAGACCGCUCAAAACGUUCUGUCUAUGACAUGAAACGAAAUGCCUCAGUCAGAAUUGGUUCUGCAAGAGUUCCUUAUCAGCAAAGAAGAACUGUACCUGUUAGACCUAACACUACACCUGUGAACCUCCAUAAUGUGCAUCAACCACAACAGCAUAAGCCCUCAAAUCCUUCAGGGUCACAAACAUUUUGGACCAUAUGCCCAACUUGUGGCAUGCGAUAUCAAUAUUACCUUUCAAUAUUGAAGAAAGCUCUCCGUUGUCAGAAUUGCUUGAAGCCCUUUGUUGCACUUGAUUUAAACGAGCAAACUGUUCCUUCUGGGGCAAAUCAUAGGUCUGCUGGGGUGUGGAAAAACUCAGGGGCACCACAAAACUUUCCAGCUCCACAAGCAAAUGUUGGGCAAGCUCAGAAUUCUGCAAAUCCAGGGGUCCAUGCUAAUUUUGGUUCUCAUAAUGCGUAUGCAGGUGGGCUGAAGGACAAAAGAAAAUUUACUAAGGCAACGGGAAAUUCUUCAAAAGCUUCAGUUGCUGGUUUGAAAAGGGGCAGAAGAGCUAUGGUUGAAUCUAGUGAAUCUAGCGCUUCAGAGACAAGCACUGAUAGUGAAGAAGAGAUUAUUGAAGAUGGUACUGCGACAAAUAAUGUAGGUCCAGGUGAAAAUCCCCGCAGAUCAAGCAGGCAGAAGCAAGAAGUUAAAUAUAAUGAAGAGAGCGAUGAUGAUGACACUGACAAUCGUGGCAAUGGUGAUGAUGCUUUUGUGAGUUCUCCCAGUUUGAAAAGGUUAAGGAAAGGUGGUCAGUUUCAGGGUGGUGGAAGCAAUGAAACUAAGUUGAAUGAUGACACAACUGGGUCUGGGCAUAAUGGUCCAACUAAUAGUGUUAAUAACUGCAAUAAUACAGAAGAGGUAGAGAGAGGUACUGCUUGUGGUGAGGAAAUUAAGAGGGAAACAAUGUCUGCUGGAGGAAAUGGUGCUGAGAAAGAAAAAAUAUUCCAUUCUAUCAACAGCAAUGGUCUAGGCUCAAACUCCAAUGAUGCUUCAGAUGAGGUGGUUUGUGCGGAUUCUGAAUUUUUUGACUUUAAUCAACUUCGGCAUGUAAAUCGGUUUAAAGCCAACCAAAUAUGGGCUUGCUAUGAUAGUCAAAGCUGUAUGCCGAGAUACUAUGCUCGAAUUACAAAGGUAAAAACUGCCCCACAGUUUAUGUUACAUUUCGUUUGGCUAGAGUUUAAUCCCAAAAACAAAGCAGAGAUGGCCUGGUCUUAUGAGGACCUCCCUGUUUCUUGUGGACUUUUUAAGCCUGGAACAAUAGAUACAGCAAAAGAAACCAGUAUGUUCUCCCAAGCUAUUUGCUACGAAAAAAGCAAGACAAAAAACUGUUAUGAAAUAUAUCCUAGGAAAGGUGAAGUAUGGGCUCUUUUCAAGGGAUGGUAUAUUGGUUGGAGCUCAGAUGCUGAUAAACACAAAAGAUAUGAGUAUGAAGUUGUUGAAGUCCUCUCUGAUCUCACUAGUAGCACUAGCAUCAUUGUCAUGCCACUUGUGAAGAUAAAAGGCUUUGUUAGCUUGUUUAUGCAGUCUAAAGAGGCAACACCGUAUGUGAUAUCUCAGGAUGACACUCUAAGGUUUUCACAUUGUGUCCCUCAUCAUUUGACGAGUGGAACUGAAAAGGAAGGAAUUCCAGAAGGGGCUCUUGAACUUGAUCCUGCAGCACUUCCACUAAACCUUGAAGAGGCUUUUGCUUCUGUUGUUCCAGAAAGCAGUUCAGUGAAAGUUCGGGGUUUUGAUGCUGAACACAUAGGUUCAUCCAGUGGUAAGAACUACUGGAAGGGAUCGGUGGGUGUUGGGGAGAGGAGGCAACAUGCUACAUCCACAUCUACAGGGAUUCCUACAAGGACAACAAAGGCAGAGAACAAAGAGCAGAACGCUCGAUCUGAAGUAGAAGGUACAGGUGCUGAUGAGGAACCUGAUGAUUUUGCCCAAGCAGAAGUUCUAUAUCCUGAAUCGGAAUUCUUCGAAUUUUCAGAAAUAAGGUCACUUCAGAAAUUUCAGCCUGGGCAGAUCUGGGCUCUCUACAGUGAUGUAGAUAAGUUCCCCAAUUACUAUGCCUGCAUAAAGAAAGUUGAUCUCAUGAAUCAUGAACUGCAAGUAAGAUGGCUUGAUGUUUGCCCUCAGAAUGAAGAGGAGAAAAGAUUGGUAAAAGAAGAGCUGACAGUUGCGUGUGGAUCCUUUAGGAUUUCCAGCUCCCAUGGUAUUCAAACAUACAAUGGUACAGAGUACUUGUCUCAUCUUGUACAGGCGAGACCUACUGGUAGAAGAAAUGAAUAUGAAAUAAUUCCUCGUCUUGCUGAGAUUUGGGCUGUUUUCAAGAACUGGAGGGCUGGAUGGACUGCGCAAGAUUAUAAGAAAUGUGACUAUGAAUUGGUGGAGAUAUUUGGUCACACUGAGUCAUCCAUACAAGUUAUGCUUUUAAGAAAAGUGGAUGGUUAUAGGUCAGUAUUUGUGCCAGACAAAAGAGAGGGAGCUGUGAAGACAAUAAGGAAGGAUGAGUACCCAAAGUUCUCUCACCAGAUCCCGUGCUUCCGUCUGACAAAUGAAAGAGGAGGCAAGCUUCGAGGUUUUUUGGAGCUCGAUCCUUUGUCAGUGCCGGAGAUGUUUCUUUUCACCGAAUCAAUCUGAGAUAGUCUUACCCUCAAUUGAUCUGCAAGAGUAUUCUUGUGAUGCUACGAGAACCAAGCUUCUCCAGAAGCUGGGUAGUCCACAAUUCAACAUUUUGCUUAGUGACAGAAGCUGCUGGGUUUCAGCAUUUGUAUGUAGUAGCAGUAAUGUUAUGGGCCUCAGCUGCUCUCCAAUCCACACAAUGAAGGCGUUGUCAGGCAACUGGGACCAUUUUGCUAGAUGACCCGUAGCUGCAGUCUACAAACUGAUUAAUUUUCCUGCAGCUGCUAUAACUAGUUACCGAUAGCUGUAUCUAGUGUUUUUAGUUCUGUAGCUGGACUAUCAAUAUUUCCUUUUACCUGUCGUACUUGCAAUGUUGGACCAUGUAAUUGAACUGUGGGAGGCCAGUCUGAUCAACUCGGAGAUCUUUGUUGGCCUCC